AUGGUUAGAGCGUUGAAACAUCAUGAGCAAAAACUCCUUAAAAAGGUCGACUUCUUAGAGUGGAAGCAAGACCAAGGGCAUCGAGAUACUCAGGUGAUGCGAACAUACCAUAUUCAAAAUAGAGAAGAUUAUCACAAGUACAACAAGAUCUGUGGUGAUGUGCGAAAGCUUGCCAACAAGUUAUCCUUGCUCAAAGCUACAGACCCAUUCCGCAUCAAGCAUGAACAAUUAUUACUAGAAAAACUAUACAAUAUGGGGGUGUUGGCUACCAAAUCGAAAAUAAGUGACCUUGAAAAUAAAAUUACCGUGAGCGCAUUUUGUCGAAGGCGGAUUGGUGUUGUGAUGUGUCGACUCAAGAUGGCCGAGACAUUAACCGACGCAGUGAAGUUUGUUGAACAGGGACAUGUAAGAGUAGGGCCCAAUGUGAUUACAGACCCUGCGUAUUUAGUGACAAGGAAUUUGGAAGAUUACUUGACAUGGGUUGAUAAUUCAAAGAUCAAACGCAAUUUGCUCAAGUAUAGAAAUAAGAUUGAUGAUUACGAAUUAUCAUGA